AACGUGAUCCGAUUGGCUGAAAGUUUCGCGGACUUUGCUCUUUGUGUGGAGGAUUUGUUUGUAGCAGACCUCUGUAAACUGAUCCUAGUUCAGGUCCAGUACUGACAGCGGCGGGAGUCUCCAUCAUCAUCAUCGCCGUCAUCCCCUGAUUUCCACGUUGUGACUCCUGAAAAACAACCAUGUCUCUGAAAAACGGCCACAGUGUGGGUAAAGACACAUGGGACUCGCACAACAAGAUGAUGCUGGAACCUCUGGCCAUCAGUGACUCAGAGGUGUUCUCCAUCAUAAAAAAGGAGAAGCACAGGCAGACAUACGGCCUGGAGCUGAUCGCAUCGGAGAACUUUGCCAGCAGAGCUGUUCUUGAAGCUCUUGGUUCCUGUAUGAACAACAAGUACUCUGAGGGGUAUCCUGGCCAGAGGUACUAUGGUGGUACGGAACAUGUUGAUGAGCUGGAAAGGCUUUGCCAGAAGAGGGCGCUGGAGGUCUUUGGUCUGGACUCUGAGAAAUGGGGAGUCAAUGCGCAGCCAUACUCAGGUUCCCCAGCCAACUUUGCAGUCUACACAGCUGUGGUGGAACCACAUGGUCGGAUCAUGGGGCUGGACCUUCCUGAUGGAGGUCACCUGACCCACGGCUUCAUGACUGAGAAGAAGAAAAUCUCAGCGACGUCGAUCUUCUUUGAAUCUAUGCCAUAUAAGGUGAACCCAGAAACUGGCUACAUUGAUUAUGACAAACUGCAGGAAAAUGCUCGGCUGUUUCACCCAAAGCUCAUCAUUGCAGGAACAAGCUGCUAUUCCCGUAACCUUGACUACCCCCGCCUGAAGCAGAUUGCCAGUGAGAACGGUGCAUAUCUGAUGGGGGACAUGGCACACAUCAGUGGGCUGGUGGCUGCUGGAGUGGUGCCCUCACCCUUUGAGAAUUGUGACAUAGUCACAACAACAACUCACAAAACUCUGCGUGGCUGCCGUGCCGGACUUAUCUUUUAUCGGAGAGGAGUACGGAGCGUGGACGCCAAAGGAAAGGAGACUCUGUACAACCUGGAGUCUUUGAUCAACCAGGCUGUGUUUCCAGGGUUGCAGGGAGGACCACACAACCAUGCCAUUGCAGGUGUUGCUGUUGCUCUCAAACAAGCCAUGACACCAGAGUUCAAGGCUUACCAGCUGCAAGUUCUUGCUAACUGCAAAGCUCUAUCCGGCGCCCUUAUGGACCUCAGCUACAAGAUUGUCACUGGUGGUUCUGACAACCAUCUAAUCCUGCUGGACCUGCGCAACAAAGGAACUGACGGAGGACGAGCAGAGAAGGUCUUGGAGGCCUGUGCCAUUGCUUGCAAUAAGAACACCUGUCCAGGGGAUAAGAGCGCUUUGCGUCCUAGUGGUCUGAGGUUUGGCUCUCCAGCUCUGACCUCCAGAGGCAUGGUAGAAGAAGACUUCAAGAAGGUGGCCCACUUCAUUCAUAGAGGCAUUGAGCUCACUUUGGAAGUGCAGAGAGGUUUGGACCCCAAGGCCACCUUGAAGGAGUUCAUCCAGGCAUUGGCUCAGGGGGAGAAGUUCAAGCAGCGGGUGGCUGAGAUCAGGACUGAGGUGGAGGCGUUCGCCGCGCAGUUCCCCAUGCCUGGCCUUCCUGAGCUGUAGAGUGCAGAGGUCCACCCUCCCUUGAUGACUUUCAUACAUUGCUGUGAAUGUAAGUUUUCCCUUGAAGCUGAUGUUUCUCAACAGGGGGAAACAUUUUACAUUUAUUUGCUAUUGUUUCAGAGCUUUAUGUGAAUGUUUUUCAUAUAUGCUCAUAGAUGGUUGGAUGCUACAUUCAGAUUAAUGACGUGAAGGUUGCCAUACAUUUCCAUUUCUGUGGAGAUUUCCAACAAACUGCUCCAGCUGAAACACAAACAUGGCUGAUCCAGAUGUAUAUGAUUCUAUACAGUUUAAUAAACAGGCCAAUAGUGCUGCAUUAAGAUAAAUUAAAGAUGAAUAAAAGAAGA